CCUCCAACGCGGGCACGGAAGAAAACAAACGCAACGCGAACUGGGAAGGAAAGAACAGCUCGUACUGGAGGAACUGGUUUUUAAAUCCCUGACUCUUAAUGCUGUGACCUUGGUGUGACGGAGCAGAACAUCUGGAGGAGACGCGAGCACCUGACCACAGCUGGAUUAGUGAAGCUAACGAGCAGCGGAAGCUAACAGAAGCCAGUUGGCGCCUUUUGGAUGAAGAGGACAUCAGAGAAGAAGAACAGUGAUUAACAACAUGGACGUUAGAUCACGUGACCCGCCCAGCACCGAGCCACACGACGCUGCAGGAAGGGACAGCCCCAGCUCUGAGGACUUUGUGCCUCUUUCCAAACUCCUGAAAAGCACUAACCCUUCUGAUCACUCCUCCGACGAUGAGCCGCUCAUCAAGAAGAAAACAAAACUGGCGGCUAAAAAACCUGUGAAAAAAGCAUACGCAUCCAGAUCUAAAAGCACAAAAAAGAAAGCAGAUCCGGAGCCGAACGACAGCUCUGACAACGAGCCUCUCGUUAAAAUCGCCAAAACUGCAAAGAAGCCUUUCUCAGCGCCUCCUAAGAAAUCUGUUGAUGCAGAGAAGAAAGAUGACGAGCCGCUGAUCAAGAUGAAAACAAAGAAGCCAGAGAAAAAAGAAAACACAUCAACCAGAUCCUCCCGAUCUAAUGGCACAAAAAAGAUUGCAGCGUCCGAUCACUCCUCAGAUGACGAGCAGCUGAUCAAGAUGAAAACAAAGUUUGCAUCUGCUAAGAAAUCAGGGAAAAAGGAAAACGCAUCACCCAGGUCUGACGACCCAAACAGCAACAAUACAGACGACGGCUCUGACGAUGAACCGGUGACUAAAAUCGCCAAAGUGUCUUCGAAAGCUGCAAAGAAGCCUCCAAAAAGAUCUGUUAAAACAAAGAAGAAAGAAGCAGCAUCCGCGGACGAUGAUAGUUUGGAUGAUGAGCCUCGGAGUGAAACUGCCAAGACAUCUGACGAUGAACCGGUGACUAAAAUCGCCAAAGUUACUUCGAAAGCUGCAAAGAAGCCUCCAAAAAGAUCUGUUAAAACAAAGAAGAAAGAAGCAGCAUCCGCGGACGAUGAUAGUUUGGAUGAUGAGCCUCGGAGUGAAACUGCCAAGACAUCUGACGAUGAACCGGUGACUAAAAUCGUCAAAGUGUCUUUGAAAGCUGCAAAGAAGCCUCCAAAAAGAUCUGUUAAAACAAAGAAGAAAGAAGCAGCAUCCGCGGACGAUGAUAGUUUGGAUGAUGAGCCUCGGAGUGAAACUGCCAAGACAUCUGACGAUGAACCUGUGACUAAAAUCGCCAAAGUGUCUUUGAAAGCUGCAAAGAAGCCUCCAAAAAGAUCUGUUAAAACAGAGAAGAAAGAAGCAGCAUCCGCGGACGAUGAUAGUUUGGAUGAUGAGCCUCGGAGUGAAACUGCCAAGACACUUAAAUCCAGACGUCAGCCAAAAAGAUCGCCCAGAAAAAGAAGCCUGGUCAUGAAAUCCCAAAGGACGGCAGCGAGGAAAUUUGUAAAAUAUGCAGAGGCAUCCAGCGGCAGCUCAGAGGAUGUUCCACUGGCAGCAAUAACAAGGAAGACGACAAAGGCUGCAUCGGCCAGCGACAAGAAACCUCAAUCAAAAGAGGCAGACGAAUCACCAGAAGACAGCAGCUCUGACGACGAUGACGAGCCCUUGGUGAAACUUAAAGCCACUAAGAAGAAACCAGUGAAGAAAAACACAAAGAGGACAACUGCAUCGCGAGGUGCUGCCUCCAAAAAGAGACAAGAACCAGCGAAUGAAGGCUCAGACGACGAACCCUUGAUGAGCCUCGUGAAGAAGAACCACACAGACGAAGAGAGGAAAACCAAAACAAAAUCUAAGACCCAGAGGAACACAAAGAAGCGUGUAUCAGGGUCAUCAAGUGACGGUUCUGACGACGACACAAUCACAGCAGCUAAACACCCUGAGGUGACCAAACUCCUGAAAGUAAUACUGGAGAGGUGUGACGUGGACGACGCCGGACCAACAGGAAGCUCCAACCAAACCACAACAGCAGAAACAGUGGCCGCUGAAGGGAGUCCUUCAAAGGAAGAAUCCGAGGGUUCAAAGGACGAUGCGGAGGGUUCAAAGGAAGAAUCAGGAGAAGAAUAAGCAGCAGAUGUUACAUUGUGGAAGAAAAGGCACAUCGGCACCCUUCAGUUUCUGGUUUGGGAAGUUGGUACCAAUUAGUUUAAGGAAUUUACCAAAAGGUUCUAAAUCCCAAGAUUAAUCCCCUAAACAUCACAGUUAAUGUUUAUACAGUAUGAAGUUAGUGUUUAUACAGUAUGAAGUUGAUGUAUGUUUUAUAUGAAUAUAUACAUGUUUAUUUAAGUCAUUUUACUCCAGUUUUUAGGUGUGGGACCAGGUUCCUGAAGGAUGAAAUGCACAGUCUUUAAUGGUGUUUUACUAUUCGUCUUUUUAUUUGCAUUGACUGUUUCCUCUGGUUUUAACACUUGUUGAUGUUCGGUAUAUUUUUGUUUUCUUAUUACGUGUACACUCGGCAUGAGGCAGUGGAAAUCUGUAACGAUGGAUUAAACUGCUCAGAUGAA